GUGCUGUUUCCCACCUGAUUUGUUAUUCCAAGUUGGCACCUCAUAAAACCACUUCAGAGAGGAAUUAAGAAACAAAUAGAUUCGAGUGUUGUCAGUUCGAUUCGAAAAAGAAAAGAGGAGUUUCUUAAAUCUGGAGAAGAUCUGGACAUGAAAAUAGGAUUUUGGGAUCCGGAUAGAUUAUUAGACAGAUGGCUGCUAGUGUGUGAUCGGAGAACUUUAUUGUCAAGCUGCUGUUUUUGUAUCAUCAGUGUGAUACAAGUGAUACAAUUGUAUAUUCAAGAAAGCGUUGUAAACACAGUACAGAUUUCUAAAAUCAGAAGAGGAUUGUCAAUACGGAUUAGGUUUCUAGUGUCAGCGCAAGAAUUUACAUGAAAAAGGUUUCAUUAAUCAGAACAUUCUCAAAACAAAAGAAGAACCAGGAACAGUUUCCAUAUCAUAUGCUUUCCAAAUUAACUUUUUAAAUGACGAUAAGGUUUUGAGAUGAAAUUUUAUGAUUAUGCAUUAAGGGGGUCGAUGAGGUUUGUUUGGUGAACAGCCACGUGAGAGGUAUAGAGUAUAUACAUCAACAUCGUCAUGGCGAUCAUCAUAGCGCGUCGAGAUCGUCUCUGGGUACAAUUCAGACCUGAGAGCUCCAGUGGACUGGGGAACUAUACCUAGUGUCCGAUGUAUUGUAACUACUAAGUUCAAAAUGAACUUCUUUUGUAAUUACUUGGUGGGCCGACACUGCAGGGUCUUCCGGAAGGGCCUUCCUAGUGCCCGGUCGUCCCAACGAAGUCUUCCUGGAUCGCUGAUGUGUUAUCAGUAAAGAUAUUGACUACAUCAAGUUGCCAACUUCUGGUUCUUCCAUUUAGAAGAUUUUCUUUGAGAAUAAUAAAUUCUAGAAGAUAUAAGGUCUAAAAUAGAGUGUGACAAAGUGUCAGUCGUGUUUAGGAAAUAGUUAUAAAAUAGUAAGGUGGUGGUUCUUGUCUCUUCAUGAGGACAUAGGCAAUAGAAAAGUACAGAAAGGUGCAGAAAGGUUUAAAAAGUGGAGGAGAUACGGAAAACAAUAGAGAAAAUGGAUUGUUGCAAUUACGUGCAGCCUUACACGGGGGCCGGACACUUUUAUCAGCAACAUCACUUUAGUUAUGAAAACAUGAAUGCUUAUGCGGCCUACGGUGCGGCUCCAGUUUCCAAUGCGAUCGAAGCCAGCGUGAGAUACAACAGGCUGCCACCUGCAUAUCCCACAGAUUACGUCUACAACCCGAAGGAGGCCAGACUGCGGAAAGCGAUGCGCGAGCAGAGCCGAGAGCUAUCGAGGCAGACGAUCCUGCAGACUGCAAUAUCCUCUGCAACUGGAUCGGCUACAGGAACAGAUCCUGGUGGGAACGGGAGUGGAAAUAUGGAUAUGGGUGUCUCGUCGUCCGGGAAUUUCUUGAAUCAUCCUAUGGCCUGCGCCUCACCCACCGCAGCCGCGUCCUCGUUACCGGGCAGCCCCUCGAUCAACGCAAAUCGAAUCAUCAGCCCUUGGUUUCCGGUUGGUCACGGCGCGGCAACGAGUCACCUAAAGCCCAUUCUGACGCCCAGGGCGAUGGCAGCUCACCAACGGACUUUGGACCAAACCAAAGAAGUAAUUCGAAAACAAAUAGAGUGCGCAGCAUCCGGUGCAUUUUCGGGCCCGGGUUAUGGUGAUUUUGUUUCCCAUGGACCAGUUACCACAAAUCAAAAUGCUAAUCAAGAAGGCAACGAUUAUUGCAUAAUGGGGGAAUUUCCUGAUGGCCAAAAAUGGCAUCCUUAUCAGAAUGGCACAAAUGCUUAUCACUCGAGAGGAGCUCCAUUGUCUAAAAUUAACAAUCUACAUCGGAAUAUGCAGAACUCGAAUCACCAUCCAGGACACUGGGCACAGUUUUGUGGGGUGCCUUUACCUCAGAACGCUACGAUUCGUGGUCCAAGGCACCUUGUCUUUCUACAAGAUCAGCAAAAUCAACAUUGCGCAUUUAAUGAAGAAAUGCAACAUCCUUAUGGGCCAAAUAAAAUCGAUAUCAGUCAUAGACUGCAUUCUUCGUAUCCACAAUCAGAGCACCAACAGGAAAAGCCAUCGCACUCUUCCCCCUUGCACAUUUCUCAACUCCAAGAAGAGGAGAAGCGCAUCGAGGAAGCUCCCAGAUGGAGUGGUUCGACUCCCACAUCUGGUACAUCAGAACACCCAAUUUCCAGCAAUCUGGUUGCAAAUUCUUCCAGACAAGAAUCAGAGUCCUACCAAAAACAAGACCAGGAAAGUGAGCAGAUUGAGGAAAGUCCCCAACCCUCACAACAGUAUGUAGAAAGAGCAGAGAUUAAGCAAAAAAUGAGUUUCAAGCAACCCCUGCCAGGUUUUCAUCAAGCCUUUGGCUCCACUGAAAUCGGCAGGUUCUCCAGAUCCGAGUUCUUCGCAAACAUGGUUGGCGAAAACAGCAAUCUGAUCCCGGAAGCUUUCCUCUCCACUCCCGGUUUUCCAUUCGCUCCGAAAUCCCAAAACGUCUUAGGAAAUUCGACAUUAGCUCGAGGAAUAAAAGAUGAAAAAAUGUUGCAAAAAAUGAUGGCUGAAGAUUGUUUGUGGUUGGCUCCAGGUAUCCCUGCAUCCAGUAUUUCGGAAAAUGCGUCCAACUAUGCUGCUCUCUUGGACUACUCUCACCGAGUCACACAAGAAUGGUUACACCCAGUAUCAGCCCAAGAUCUUCAAAUCGCUUAUUUGGACCAAUCAUCAGCUUUUCUAUUCCACGAAAACGACAAAGAGAACUCAAAAAAUAAUUGCAUUUCCUGCAAAUGUGGCAAAUUAAAAUCUCUAAAUCAAGAAAGUACCUCUAGCAGCGAUUUGGAAGGUUUAGAUCUUCGACUUUCGGAAAACUCAAAAACUCAAAAAGAUGGAUCGGACGAAGAUCUGUAGAUGAGAAACACACUUAAUUUGAUUUUAAAAUACGUUUGCCUUUUACAAUAUUAGAAAAAGAGAAAAAAGUGUUUAAUAUUUAA